UAAUUUUCUAAAUGUGUAGGAUUAAAAUGAGAAAAAUUUGAAUACUAAAUCUGAAUUCUGAGAUUUCUACGCAUGCGUGAGCUUCAUCGGGAUGUCCAGUUAUUUUCCAGUAACUUCCUGAAUCUUUAAUCUGUACUUCUUCUUGAGUAAUAUCAAAUCUCAAGUCUUGUUCAGUUUUAUUCUUUAUCAUUUUUAGUCUUGCCAGAUAAGAAAUUGUGUUUCCAAUGUCCGUUGAUACAUUCGAAAACGAAAAGGAAAAGAUGGACGAGAAUAUGACAUCACAAGGAAGAACACAGGCUGAUUUUAUUCGUGAAGAAUUAAAUUUUAACAUUGAUACUAAAGAUCCUGUAACAAAAGCUUCUUUAAAUGAUCAUUCUGUGGGUGAUUGUGUAGAUAUAUUUGGUAAUGGUCAGUUGAAAAAAACAGUUAUAAAAAAAGGUGAAAAUGGAACACGACCAAACAGAGGUGACAUAUGUACAUUAAACAUUACUGGCAAACUUGAGGACAGUACAAUAGUGGAAGAAUAUGAAAAUCUUGUGAUACAGUUGGGAGAUUUGGAAGUGAUACAGGGAUUAGACUUAGCAAUUGCAUUGAUGGAUAUAGGUGAAGUUGCUGAAAUUAUAAUUGAUCCUAGAUUUGCUUAUGGCAAGCAAGGAAAAAAACCAAUACCGCCUGAUGCCACUAUUACAUACACAGUGGAAUUGAAAGCAGCAGAGCUAGAGCCUGAGAUAGAAAAAUUAAGCAUUAGUCAAAGAAGAGAAAUAAGCAAUAAGAAACGUGAGCGUGGAAAUUGGUGGUUUGUUCGGAAUGAGCUGCCUUUUGCAUUACAAUGUUAUCGGAGGGCAUUAGAAUAUUUAUCAUCAACAAAAAGUGGUACAAAUCAAAAUGAGGAGGAAGAGUCAUUUAGUGAUGCUGAAUUGCAAACUUUACUAGAGGAUCGCAUAAAAGUUUACAAUAAUUUAGCAGCUACAUUAAUUAAAACGGAAGCCUAUGAGUCAGCUUUAGAAAAUGUGGAACAUGUUUUGAGAUGUCAACCACAAAAUUUAAAAGCACUAUUUAGGAAAGGAACAAUAUUGAGACUCAAAGGUGAAUAUGCAAAAGCUUAUGCAAUCUUCACUGAAAUGCAAAAACUAAAUCCGGACAUGAAGAUAUGCAAUACAGAAUUAAUGAUCUUAAAAGAUAAAAUUGCGAAAGAUGCAAAAAAAGAAAAGUAUCUAUAUCGUAAAAUGUUAGGGGUAACUGAAGAUAAAAAUUUGUCAAAGGAUGUGAAAGCGGACGACCAAAGUAAAAAGAAAUUUGCUAAAGGAGUUUUAUUGACACUGGUUGGAGCAGCAUCUGCUGUUGUAAUCAGUAUAUUUAUACAUAGAUUUACUUCGUGAAAAAGAACAAAUAAAGAUAUCAAUUAACAUGAUAAAAAAUAACAUUGAAUUCUUUAUAUCAAGGAAACAGAGUCUCUAUGGGAUUAAAAUAUGUAGUAUCAUAACUUUUUAGUUUCUAAUUUUUUAUUUUAUUUUAUUUUAUUUUAUUUUUUUUUAAGAAAAGAAACGAUUAAAAUUAUGAUUAAUAAUCUUGUGAUGAAAAUUAAUAAAGACAAAUUAUGAGUAAUAUGUAAUGAAAAAUCAAACUUUUUUGUUUAUUUAAGGAAACAAUAAGAAUAAUAGUUGGUCUGUUAUAAUUAUAUGUAUUCUUUAUUUUUAAAUAUAAUAACUAUAAUAUAAUAUAUUUUUAAUCAAUAAAGGCAAAAAAGUAUUUCAUCCUUCUUCUGAUUAUAUCAUUUAUUAAAACUAUUUAGAUUUAGACAUUGUAAAUAUUUAAUCAUUAGGUGCGCGAGGUGUUUUGUAAA